AUGGGACUCCCACUCUUCGUUGCCCCUGUCGAGUCCGACCUGCCAUCCAAGCUUGGUGAUAAGUCGGCCUCUGCGCGCCAGCCUCGCUCUGUCAUUCGCCGAAGCCGACGCAACGUCGAUGCUCGCCCCUUCCGUCGCCGCGCCGCCUUGCUUCGCGACAACUUCCCCACUCCUGGCCCCGAGCCGAUUCCACGGCACCGGUACCCAUGGAUUGAGUCGGGUCAUCCCCCUCCUCCCGAGGCCUACGCCGCACCACCCCCGCGGACCACUCCGCCCAGCGACGCGGAUCGUUCGGCGCCGUCCGCGGAAAGUACCGAGUUGCGCGAGGCUUUGCGCGAGGUGCGCAGUCGCGGCGACUCCAGAGAGGCACAACUGAUGUCGCUCUUUGGCGAGCGCUGGGCUCUGGAAAACGUGCCUCAGCCGCCCCGGAGAAUUCCCAGUCCCCCUUCUGCCGAAGAAGGUCGCUCCAUAUGGGAGGAGAUUUCUCGCCAGUAUAACAGCGCAUUUGGCGAGCAUGAUAGGCCAUCGAUGGAUAUCAUCACAGAUCCCGUCGAGAGGCGGAGACACCGCGCUCAGGUUGUUGCUCGAAUGUCCAUGCCUGCCCCUCCUGUCGCUGCUCGAUUUGAUAGAAGUCCGGAACACUCAACCUCAGCCAGAGCAUCUGGCCGUUCUUUGCGUGAAGAAUCGCGCAGUGAGUCGCAACCCUUCCGCUAUGUCCGUCGUCGCUUCGGUCAUUUGGGCGAAAACCCCACCGCAGACGGUCUCGGGGACCGAAACAGGAGCCUCAGCCCAGACGAAGAUGGCGUGUGGGACACGCUCCUCACCACAUUAACCCCGGAUCCUCAGCCUCCCAGUGCCGGAUCGUCAUUUGCUUCGGCAUCGGCGUCGGCAUCUGCGUCUCAAUCACAGAGCGCCGGCGCAUCAUCUCGCACUUCUCUCACCGGACCUGAAAUGGCCGAAGAGUCUCUGGAGCAACCCUGCGAGUCCGGAGUUGACGGCUCUGAUAGCGAGGGACAGGAAGAUCUUCACAUGGGAAGGGGAUGGCCCGACCACUGGACGAUGAACUACCCGUCGAGGCAUCGGCGAUUUGUGGCCGAUUUGGAUGCCAAUGACCCGAGCAGGAUUUCAUUCGUUCGGGCGGACCGGCCCUUCACUGACCGGGACGCAAUCGAAAUGCGGCAUCGUCGACGCCUUGAACUUGCUCGACAUUAUCGCAAUGCGACACGUGAUCUGACCCCACCAACGGGUGCUCUGGAUCGCAUUGCGAGGGAUUCGAGCGAGGAGUCUCGAGGAGCUGCCGCAGACGCCGAUGGCGAUUCGGCUCCAACGAGUCAUAGUCACACGCCGAACGAUAACGCUCUUCAUGGAAUGCAAAUGAUCAUGCGGAACCUAGCCCGAAGGGAAGACAUUCCUGAUGAGUGGUGGGCGGGCGCUGGUCUCAGCAGGACUUUGCCCGAAGAAUCUUAG